GGCUGCGACAGUACUACGAGCAGGAACAGAGAGUUUUGCAGUGAUGCAGCUUGAACUUUUUGGAAUAGUAGCUUUUCUGCUUCUGUGCAACCGUACGCUGCGUUCAAGUUGUCUUUUUCAUACUUCUUCGUACAAUUUCGCACCUGUACUACCCUGAUUAAUGAAAACACUCCUUCUCGACGGCCCGCUGGCCUUCAAGGAACAAGGAAGGACACACAAAAGCAUCCAAUCCAAAGAUGGCCCCUGAAGACGGAGCGGCCGGCGACGAACCUGACUUCUCCCUGGGUGCUUGUCCAGACCCGUUUGAAAAUUUGGAUUUAGACCUUCUCGGGGCAGCAGCUGGUGAACAACCCGUAGACGAGGCGAGCGCCUGGUCAGCAGGAACAAUACAAGCGAGUGGGCCAGCGUCAUCGUCAACAUCCUCUAGCGCCGGACUCAGCUCGACGUUCGCCGGCGGCAUUGGCAGUGACCCUGUCAACCACUACGGCAACGCGGAACAGCAAGGCGACCACUCGAGCGCGAGCCAGCAUGGCCUCAGUGCAACUGGUUUUAUUCUUGCUAAUAGCACAACAACUCAUCUACCUGGUACUGGUCCAGCGGGAUCAACAUCAGCACAAGAAGAUCUUCACGGUCGUUCCACAUUGCACGCAGCUUAUGCAGCAGAAGAUGGCGGCACUUCUGUAUUAAGCGAUCACGUUGAUCAUAGUCGUCUGCCCGGUAUUACUAGUGCAGCUCCUGCACGAGCCGAUUCUGAUUCAGUAGUACAACUACCGGCUGGGGCUGGCACGACGAGGAGUACAACAGCAGUAACCAACUACACCUUUGACGUGGCUGACGGAGCAUUAUUGACGAACGCAAAUAGUACAAGUCUGAGCCACACGACGACCUUCGGGACGAACAAUGGAGCAAAUCCUGCAAGCGAAAAAGAAAGUGCGCAUCCUGGUGGAGUUCUCGUGCCAACACCGCAGCGCAUGGCGCAUCCCUCGUCUGGCGCGUCGGCGGGAAUAAUAUCGUCGAGUUGGUUUGAUGCCGAUGGCAAACAAGCGGCAAAGAAGUCCGGCGCAACAAGUGUGAAGAAGAAUUUUUCUACUUCUUCGUGGUCUAGUACCAGCACAGCGUCAUCUUCUACCUCCGGCGCGUCGAAGCCUUUCGCGAAAUCCCUGAAACUGCACUCCUUUCUCACCGGAAACCAUCACGCUUACUCGGGCAACAGCGUAUGCAUUGCAAAAAUGUCUGGGUCUGGAAGCAUGGAACUUGUAAUGCUAGUCCUACAUUCCUAUAAGAUCUGUAUUGCAUGACCAACAAAUAAGUAGAGACACGCUCUUUUGUCAUAUAAAAGCACAGCUUGUCAUGCGGACUGCACAUGACAAAGUGUUCGGCAAACUUGUCAUGCUUGGCUGCUUUGGGAAGUAUUUCAGUGGUGCACAGUUCAGCAUCACAAGUUUCCAGACCCAGACAUAUUUGCAUUUGAUAUAGCGAUCUGUUUUACGACGACGAAUACGCUUUCUCGCAUGGCAGAAAAGAUCUGAACGUGUUCGGCGAUCCCACAGACCACUUUUUUCACAGAGCCGAACCUUCUUCCCCCCUCACCCUGUUUCUCUCCUGGGUCUGUUGUUGCUUCGUGAAUCCCUGCUGCGGGUUUUGUUUCUCUUGCUGUUGUCCCAAGAAGCUCCCCGGGGGACGGUACUUGGAGAAGCUGGCCUUCCGGACGAGUCAGUUCUUGGAGGAGUCACAGGUGCUGGACCCGCUUUUCUACCUAAAUCGCGUGCUGCCGGGGUCGAUAAACGCCGACAACAACGUGAAGUACCACAAGGUCCUGGCGCCGAUCGCGUUUGUGUACUGCUUUUUCCAGGUCUUUGCGCUGCUCGCGCAAUUUCACCUCCUGGCCGAAGUUGGGUGGAAUUCCGCCGUUUUUCUGCGCACCCUGAACGAGAACUGCGGCAGCAGCACGCGGAACUUGCGCAACGGCGUCUGCGUCGGGGGUACCACCAGUAACGGGCAAAGCGUGUGGAAAAUAUGCAUUGCAAAAGUAUCGUACUAGUACAGAUAUCAUGACAAAUUUUCCGUAGAGGAGAAACGAAAUUUAUCAUGCAGAUUCAGGUAUAGAGAGCAGAUGUGUAGUAAUGCUAGACUCGCACUUGUUGUACGAGUACUUUUGCAUUGGAUAGAAAAAGGUCUACGACGAUGUGGUGGAAUUCUAUCCGACUACGCCAUAUGCUGGUGAGAAAAAAACAUCCCCACCUCAUAGUCAAGAUGGGGAAUCUGCUACACAAAUCUGCCAGCUUCGGCUGUUGCGCAUGAAGACAAGUUAAAGUUUGGCCUCGUAGCAUAGGCCUGUUUUUUACCUGGCUCAGCAGCAUCCCAAAUCUCGCCUAUCAUGCUGAUCGGAGCGUCAGAAAUCCCCAGACACGACUACUAGGAAACGCUUCUCGUGGGGUUCCGUAUGGGGAACAUUUUUGAGCAUGCAGAUUUGCAUGACAACUUACUUACUAUGGGGCGGGGUCGUUUUUCUUCAGGAUAUUCCACGUAGCGCCGUGACGACUUCGGUGGGCAACUCGGAGGACUUUUCCGCAGAAUAUCAAAAGGAAACAUCCCCCCUCCCCAUACUGAAAAGUUAUCUUUUUGGAAAUUUGUGAUGCUGAUGUGUGGUCACAAAUCGUGUCUGUCUUGCAAGAAGGCAACUCCGCAGGCUCCGCCGCAUUGUGCUGGCGGUUUGUCAUGCUGUUGGGCCUACAGUGCUGACGUUUUUCGUGCUAAGUGCCUAGGCCAAAACCCCUCUACUCACACUUGGCACGGGUCUGCAGUGCUCUCCAGCAAGACAGCUCGGACGUGUGUACACAGAUCCAGCAUCAGAAGUGCCGACUUGAUAUGGGGAGGCGGGGCCUUUCCUUUCAAUACAGAUUCGUUCGAAGUUCCACCCGACAAGGCGUUUCCGUUUAUCACCAACUCCCAUCCUAUCAAAUGCAAAUAGUUCUGGGUCUGGAGAACUGUAACUUGUGAUGCUGCAUUUGGAUUCUACAAAAAUCUGUAUUGUAUGAACAGCGAAUAAAGAGGUCCAGCAGGAGUUUUUGCGACGGCGAUAGGCCAUUUCUCAUGCGGUAUAGACAUCAGGAAGCCAUCAGAAAAUCUGUGAUGCUAGGGUAUGCAUCACAGAUCGAUCAGGAGUCAUGCAAAAUGUGCAUGACAAACCUUGCAUCCUUCCAGACAUCCAGGGAUAUUUGCAUUUGAUACACCCGGCCACCUUUCUCGUGGGCGUCGAGCCGCAGUCGCCCAACAGCCAUGCGUAUCGUGAGAAAAAAGCGUUAAAGUUACACUCUCUGAUGGGAGACAAGCAAGACAGACAACCUCUGUCAUGCAGGAAAUGCUUGCCAACCUCAUUUCAUACGUGUUUUCCCUUAUGGUAGGUUUUCUUUCCCAUGUCGAGCAACUUUGUGAUGCAGAAAAUGUCAAAAAGUGUGAAACUGUAACACUUUUUUCCUGUGAUAAUGCGAAGUACAAGCUCGCCGUCACGAAGCCGGGCGGAGAUUACGUCCACUGGGCAAGAACGCCGAAAAUGGUUUCAGAAAGGGUGUCUGCAGGGGUGGAAACUGGAGUCUUUGUGGCGCAAGGUAGACAAAUUUGUCAAACGUAAAUUUGUCAAAUGAUUUGUUUCCGCAGCGCCGCAGCUUCUGCAUGUCGCGGAAGUGGAGUUUUAAAUUUGUCCCCGAGCUUACAACUAGCACCAUGGCAAAAGCGAUGCUCAGGUCUGCGAAAGAAUUUGUGAAGGACAAAAUAGUAGCCUAGAAAUUGUACAAGAAGAAACACACUGUAACUCUAUUCAGACGACACCUCUUUCGGCAGUGACUUUACGGGUGGCGAUAAUGCUUGGUCAACGUGGCAGGGCCGAAUAGAAUUGACUUCGUCGCACCAGGAGUCCGCGAAUGAUUACCCGAUUCGGUUUCGUGUGUACGUGUUGGACAAUAAUGUGAACCAUUUGCAAACGAUCCACAACCAAGACAAGUGCAACUUCAUCACCACGUGGGAAGCGUUCUCGAAAAAGUCCGCCGACAGCGAGGCGUGGUACAUCAACAGCUUCUUCACCAUCUUAUCCUGAGUAAAAAUGUUCCCAUACCAGACUGCUAGACAAAUCAGCCAACUCUGGUUGUUUCGCAUGCCAAGUUUGUCCUCGUAGUGUAAUCCUGUUGAAAUGCAAAUAGUCCAGCAGCAUCACACAUCUAGCACAUCGCGCUAUUUCUAGCAUCACAAAUCCCAAAACACGAGUAGAAAAAGCUUCUCAUGGGCCUUCGCAUGAGAAACUUUUUUGGCAUGCAGAUUUGCAUGACAGCCCUGGGGUGGGGAUGUUUUUACUCAGAAUACAUCUUGCUCUUCUUCUUCGCCACACAGAUGCUGUCCUUAUUCCUGAUCCUAUGGCGGUACUGCAGAUUUGCCGACGGGUCGAAGAUGUUUACGAAGCUGGUUCUGCUGAAGUUUCUGUUGCAGGACCUGCCCCUGCAGCUGUGCGCCGCCGUGUAUCUCCAUGCUUGGUAUGGCCAGAACGGGAUGCGGUGUCAGAUGUUACAAAAAGGAAAAAUCCCCCCUCCCCAUAUGAAAACGAAGUUUCUGAUGCUGGAUUUGCGUACACAAAUCAGAUUUCUCUUGCUGGAGAGGACUGCGGGCCUACACUAAGCCUGAGGAGGGACCACGAGGUUUUGUGCUAGGCGCUGAGCAUGUCAAACGUCUAGUCCGUGGGGCCAACAGCAUCACAAACCGCCUGCAGAAGGCGGCGGAGCCUGUGGAGUUGCGUUCUUGCAAGACAGAGGCGAUUUGUGGUCACGAAUCAGCAUUACAAAUAUGGGGGGGAGGGAUUUUUCCUUUUGAUAGAUGUGCCUGUUUGACGAGGACCACUGCAAUUCGUUCGAAGACAGCUACUAUCAACUGCAAAUACGUCUGGGUCUGGACGAGUGGAACUUGUAAUGCGUGUCUUGCAUUCCUAGAAAAUCUGCGUCGCGUGAGCAGCAGAAGAGCCGCUUCCUUUGUCAUGCGAAAACGUAACUGGUAAUGCGCGCUCGACAUCAGAAAGCGUUGCAAAAACUUGUCAUGCGCGGAUGCCAUGGCAAGCGUUGCAAUUAGCAGCAAAUCUGCAUCACAGGUUUCCAGAUCCAGGCAUACUUAUUUGCACUGCAUAGCUACGAUGGCAGCUACGAAAACGCAAAUCCCGUGGUCGUCUGGCAGAACCAGGUGCUCUUCUUUUCCCUGAUUUUUUCCGCCAUUUCCGUGCAGCUCUUUCUCGACCCGUCGCGAAACCGAUCCGUGAUAUCAAAUGCAAAAAUGUCUGGGUCUGGAAGAAUGCAAGUUUGUCAUGCUUGUCUGGCGUGAUUCAUAAAUCUGUGAUGCAGGAGCAGGAAAAGGGCAUCUUGUGUGUCAUGCAGAAACGCAGUUUACUAUGCGGGAAGCGAAACACAAGAGCAGCUCAAAAAUUUUUCAUGCUUGGCUGCGUAUUGCAGUGCGCCCACCAGUCACAUUUUAGCAUCACAAACUUCCAGACCCAGACAUUUUUACAUUUGAUAUGUGAUGGCCAUCUACGACUCUUUCACUCUCCAAGAGGACGAAAAAAUUUUCACGCUGUUUAUCCGGUUUUUGCUUUUUUCGCUUUCGUAUGCAUUGCAAAAGUAUCGUACUCAUGUAAAUGCAUUACAAAGUUCCUCAGCAUGGGAAAUAAAAUUUGUAAUGCGGAUUUAAUACCCUAAGAAAGACGUGUUAUGCAUGACUGCAAUUACUGCGAGUGCGAUACUUUUGCAGUUCAUUUUUCGAUCCUCCCGCUCUCCACCGGGUACUGUCUGUUUUCUAUGCAGUGCAAAUAUGUCUGGGUCUGCAGGAGUGCAAGACUUGUCAUGCAGAAAAUUCAUGACCCUUGAGGUCUGGCAUACUGGGCCCAGCAUGACAAAUUUUGUGAGAUGAUCUCUAUCCUGCCCCCACGCAUGAUAAACUGCCUCUGGACGUGGCCAAAAGUGAAGAACUUUUGGUAAUCAUGCAACGCAGUUUUUUGCAGGAUGUAGACUUAGCAUGAGAAGUUGCAACCUUCCACACGACCCAGACAUAUUCGCAAUUCAUAUUUUCCGGCUCGAGCAGCGGAUUGUUUCAUCAGCUGGAGGUCACCAAACACGCACACACCGUGCACAAGCACUUCUUCCUCCACUUGCUCUUGACCAUCAGCUAUUACAGUGAAAAUUGCCGCCUCCCCCUGAAAUUGCAAAAAUUUGUGCUGCGAAGUUUCCAAAUGAAAACUUUUUGUCAUACAUGAAAGGAGUUCGAGUUGUAUGAAUCUUUCUGAUGAGACCCCCGCUUUUGCUGGGGUCUUUCGCAGUACAAACUUUUCCUAUUCACGAUUGGAAACCUGUGAUGCUGAUAGAUGCAAGAGGGCGAGUGUUUCAUUUGGAAAGGUUUUCAAUACAAAUGCUCCCAAGUGCGGGUGUGGGGGCAUUUUUCAUUGUAAUAUCCGCUGCGUGUCCGGCUGGAUGACGGUACUGGCCCUGCCGUUUUGCUGCUGCGAAGAGGAUGAAGACUUUUAGUGCGAUUUUACUGGCGCCGACGUGUACUUAGUUGUAAAUAAAGUUUUUCCUAUUUCUGGGUUUUGCAUUUACUUUACUCACUCUACUCAGCAUUCAAUACAGCGAAAUUUUGCGUUUAGAAUUCUUCGACUCAAUUCUGUUCGGUGGGCAGAAAAUAAACGCCUGCAACGGCGUGCAUAGAAAAAGAGAAAGACAACUUCAAGUGAUACUACUUAACUUCAUUUUCUGUCCGCAAGAUUUGUUUUGCAGAUCUUUCUGACGGCAUGGAGGUCUAAUUGUGCCGCUAAGGCGAACGUCAGUGGCAGUACUUGAAGUGAACAUCUAGUACAACUCGGCUUUCGUUUUGUCCACCCGAGGAGAAGUGUCGUCCAAGGAACAAUGCAGCGAUCCAUCCGUAAAAAUACCAGCAUCGGGCGGACUCAUCUGAGGAACAGGAAGGUGAAGGGUGGCGGUAGAAGACAGAGCUCGUAAAUUAAUAAAAUGUGGUCCUCUCUGACUUCCUGUCCCGACCGACCAGCGGACGAG